AUGCCAAACCCUUCCCAGCUCUUCCUCCUUGCCGACCACAUCAAGCUAUCGCUGCUCGAACGGCAACGGGCCAUCUCGCUAGACCUCGAACCCAACAGCCAAGAUGGGGAGAUUUCCCGCUCGCUCGACUCCCUGAAAGAGGGCAUCGAGGCGGUCGAGACGGAGUGCGCCCGGUUAGAGGAGGCCCACGACGACAGCACGGCCGAUUACAAAGACCAGCUCUUCCACCUGCAAUCGCAGUACCGUGACCUAUCAAUCCAAUUCCAAGGCCCCGAGGCGAACAACACCAACGACGACGACCCAGCCGAAUUCACCAACAUCAAGAACUCCUCGCCGGAUCUCAAACAGCCCGUGCCACAACACCCGUCGUCCAAAUCCGUGCGGUUCAUGGACUCGGCCGCCGCCGAAGCGGAGGAGGAGGAUAAUCUCAACCGUCGCAACCUCUUCCAGCCGUACCGCGACUCGCCGUCCCCGCCGGGCCUGGACACCUCCAACAUGUCCAACCAGCAGGUCUACGAUAGCCACGAACAGACCAUGCGCGACCAGGACGAACAGCUCGAUCGGCUAGGCGAGUCGAUCGGUCGGCAGCACCAGCUCAGUAUCCAGAUCGGGGAUGAGCUCGAGGGCCAUGUUGCGUUGCUGGAUGACAUGGACGGCCAUGUGGAUAGGCAUCAGGGCCGGUUGGAUAAAGCCAGGAAGCGGCUGGAUAAGAUCCGGCGCAGUGCGGGCGAUAAUUGGAGUAUGAUGACCAUCAUCGGGCUGAUCAUCGUCUUGGUCAUCCUGAUUGUCCUUUUGAAAUAA